AGCUGUUGCUGCAUUCCUCCACACGUCGCAAUUGGCUGAAGCCGCCGGCUUUUUUUUUUUAACGUUUGUGUACAUUUGGAGAGUGUGUUCGUGUGUGUGUGAGAAGGUAACGGAGGAUUGAAAGUAUCUCCCAGACACACAGGCUGCUGAUGCCGCGCAGGGAAUGUAUUCACUGUCAAGAAAGAGACUGUGAUCAACAAGUGACAGGAUAUUUUCGGGAUCUUGGAGCAGUUGCGUAAUUGCGCCCUUCGCUGCACGAUGACAGAAGUGGCCAGUCCCGCUUCAAUCAUGGACUCCGAGAUGAUGUUCCAACCAGAGUCGGAUCAGAUGUCCCCAGUUGAACCCAAGUCUCCACCUCUGGACCUGAUUGACACUGGAAAGGGGCUGAAGGUCCAGACAGCCACGCCUCACCUGGUGAGCCUGGGGAGCGGGAGGCUGAGUAUAGCAAUCACCCUGCUGCCACUGAAAGAAGGGGUGACCCGCAUCGGCAGAGAAGAUGCUCCAGUUCCCCAGGACAUCACCAUCCAGGGGCCUGGCAUCGAGGCAGAGCACUGUCUCAUCAUCAAUGAAGGAGGGGUAGUGACCCUUGACCCCUGUGGUCACCUUUGCAGUCUGGAUGGAGUACAGGUUACUGUGCCCACACCACUCACACAGGGUUAUUCCCUGUGUCUGGGUAAGUCCUAUUUCUUCCGCUUCAAUCACCCUGAGGAGGCAAACAGAAUGAAGAGCAUGCUUCCACAGAAGAGCCCCGUGUCAGCUUUAGCCUACAACACAGACUACCUGAAGUUUAGCAGUGACUAUAGCCAUGCGGUGGUGGGCGGCACCAGCAGUGCCAGGGGCAUGCGCUCAGCCUCUGAGCUCAGGGACUUGAUGGACACCCUGCAGCGUAAGAAGAUUGCCCUGGAGAACAGCCUGAGAGCCAAUGGGAAUGCGAACCCCUCCUACUUCAGCGUGACACAGUCUCCCCCCACCACACCUAUCACGAGUCCUGCCACAUCCUCAUCAUCCUACCAGGAACAGGCAAGACGUCUCUAUGGCUCAGAUCGUGCACCCAUGUCUUUAAAAUCUGCUCCCCCUCUUUCCCCUGGACGACGAUCUGACUCUUCUCUGACCUCCCGCACUUCAAGCAGUCGCAACCAGGACAACUACGGCAUUAGCGAUGGCCGGCGUUUGCACAACCCGGGCUCUUCUUCUUUACUGUCCACAUGGAAUGGCGGCGGCUCCUCUACUUCUGUUGAUGGUAGCAACAGUUUCCUCCUCUCUCUUCCUCCCUCCUCCUCCUCAUCCCGCACUCCAUCAACGGGAGGUGCAGCCAGCAUGCCCUCAAGCCCCCGUCUUGGCCGCCGUAGCUACGGCAACCAAGAGCCAUCGCCCAGCAGCAGAACCAGGAAAUACUCAGCGGGCUCGCUAAGUGGUAUGAUGGGAGGAGGGCACAGCCGCUCACUGCCACGCCUCUGCCCCUCCCAGUCCCCCAGUGACAACAACAACGGAGUUCUGACCUUGUCAACGCUCCCCCCACGGCGUUCCGAUGUUGCUGGCAGUUACAAAUUUAGCAAAGAUCAUUACAACAACAGCCAGAAUGCCAGCCCUGACCUCAACCACAACUCUAGUAACUCUAGCCAGCUCCCAUCCAACAAGAAUCAAAUCCAGACCACAAAAGGAGAAAGUGUUGUGUCUAUCUCACUCUCUUCUCCUAAGAACUCAGCCUCCACUACCCCCUCUAUCUCUUCCACAAACGCCCCACCUGAUGUGACCAUCCCAUCCAGAGCGGGGGGCUCCUCUUCUCCUCGAGUGGCCAAAAAACUCAGCCUGACCUCCACUAGCUCUGUUGGCUCCAUCAGCUCCACCAGUUCCAGCCCCCCAGAGCUGGAGCGAGUGGCCAACCGUGGAGUCUCUCCAGGAGUGGGCCUGACUUUGGGGGACAGGGAGAGGCGAGGGGUGGGCUUAGAGCUCUCUGGUGGCCUGGGGCUUGGACUUGGAGAGAGGAGGUCUUCAUUUGGGAAGGCGGGGCUGGAACCUGGGAUGGGGCUGGGCGAGAGGAAGCAGUCUUUUGGAAAGGCAGGAGUGACCCCACCUGGAGGUUUCAGGGAAAGAAGGGGGAGCAUCAGCUCACUGAGUGGGAAGGAGGAACUGACCGACUACCACCAACACCAAAAAGAGGAGAGACUCCGUGAGCAGGAGGUGGAGAGACUGGAGCGACAACGGCUGGAGACCAUCUUGUCUCUGUGUUCGGAGCUGGGGCGGGCUGAAAGAGAUGGCGAUAACACGGCUACAAGUCCCACGUCAGCUGUGGCGGACCUCCAGAAGAUCAACCAGGAGCUCGAGAAGCUUCAAGUGAACGACGACGAUGACGACACACCAUCCGUCUUUUCUGACUCUUCAGCUGUUAAUGGAACGACGGGGAAUGGACACAUGGCCAGAGAUCAUGGAUCAGAGAAUGGCUACUAUGAUGAUGAUCUACAGGUACGACGGAGGUGCAGCAGCGGUCACCGAGACAACAGGGCAGAGUCACCUGCCGUCAGUCUGCGAAGCUUUGCCCCCUCACCUUCUCCACGCGCUCAGAGGACCAAUGAGGCUCUAGAUGAUGCAGCUCAUCGCCGCGGACAUGAAGUGAGGCCCUCAGAGGAGGAGGUGAGGCGUGUGGAAGAGGAAAGGAUCCAGGUGCUGAACAACAUGGAGGAGCUGGAGCAAAAGAUUAAAGAGCUGGACAACCAAAUGGAGGAAUCUGCCCAAGAGGUGGAGCUUGAGCGAGCUCUGGUGGAGGCUGAGCAGGAGUCAGAGGUCGCUGCUCUCCAGCAGGAGAAAGAGGCUCUGGAAGCACUUCACAACAAGAUGGCUGACCUAGAGACCAAGUCCCAGCAGGAAAAGGAAAAGGCGAGCGCGUUGCUACAGGCAGAAAGGGGCAGAGUAGAGAGGUUGGCUCAGAUUGUGUGUGAGCAGCGCUCUCAGCUGGACAGCUGCCCUGAGGCCACCAAGGAGCCCCUGCAGGAGCAGUUGGCCAGGGACUGUGAGGUGCUCGAUGCAGAGUCGAAGCGUUUUGAGGACCUGGAGUUCCAGCAACUGGAGAAAGAGAGCAGGCAAGAUGAGGAGAAGGAGACCCACACGCAACAGCUUCUCCGGGAAAUUGCAGACUUUCAGCGGAGCACUGUCACUCGCAAGGAGCGACUGUUAACUCUGAAGAAGCAGGCAACGCAGAUUACCCAGCAGGCUCAGCGAGAGAAGGAGAGUUUCCUGAAGGAGAGGAGCACCCUCGAAGCAAUGCUGCAAAGGGAGAAGGAAAACCUCGCUAUGCUGGAAAGAAAAUAUGCAGACUUCACUGGUGGCCGAAGUUUCACUUUAAGGGAGGGCUAUGUCACAGUCAGUGAAAUCAAUGAGCUUUACUCACAGCUUGGGGGGGACCCUAAUCCCGCCCAUGCCCCCACACUGGCCAAUGCCUCCCCUGAGUCCGAGGCAAACUCGUCCCCUGACGACGACAGCCCCAAACCACCGGAGGAUGAGCAUUUCCGUUUGCUGGAAGAGAGGAAGAGGUCGGAGAGAGAAGGUGGCUCCCAUCUAAGUGACACAUUGCCCAGGAAGAAAACCACACCCAUCAUGACCCCCCAGUUCACGUGUGCAACGCUGGGACGCAGCUUUCCCACCAAGUCCCAUCAUCCCCUGGUACAGAGCACAAGUUGUGGCAGCAUUCUUCCAAGAAUUUUCUCCUUAUCCAACAAGGAAAAUGAAUCUCGACGUCUGCAUAAAGGUCAGCCCGGCUCCCGAGCAGCCUCCCAGACCAAUGUCUACCUCGAUGCCUUUGGGUACCGUGACAACCAGGCCUUUGACACAAUGAGUGUGGAUAGUACUGACUCCAUUGAAACCAGCAUCUCUGCUUGCUCACCUGAUAAUGUCUCCAGUGCCAGUACUUCAAAUAUGGCCAAGCUAGAGGAGAUGGAGCGAAUGCUGAGAGAAGCCCAGGCAGAGAAGAACCGCCUCCUGGAACACAAGGAGCAAGAGAUGGAGGCUCGGAAGCAGGCACUGGAGGAGGAGAGGAAAAGACGGGAGGAUCUGGAGAAAAGGCUACAGGAAGAGACGAGCAGACGCCAGAAACUCAUUGACCGUGAGGUGAAACUGCGAGAAAAACAGAGGGCACAGUCCCGGCCGCUAACACGGUACCUGCCGGUGCGGAAGGACGAUUUUGACUUGCGGGCUCACAUUGAGUCGGCGGGCCACAGCGCGGACACAUGCUUCCACUUGUCCAUCUCUGAAAAGACCUGUCGUGGGUACUUGAUCAAAAUGGGAGGCAAAAUCAAAACAUGGAAGAAACGCUGGUUUGUCUUUGACCGCAACCGACGCACACUGUCCUACUAUUCAGACAAGCAUGAAGCCAAGCUGAAAGGAGUCAUCUACUUCCAAGCAAUUGAAGAAGUGUAUUAUGAUCACUUGAAGAAUGCACAUAAGAGCCCAAACCCUUCCCUCACCUUCAGUGUAAAGACUCAUGACAGAAUCUACUACAUGGUUGCUCCCUCUCCUGAGGCCAUGAGGAUCUGGAUGGAUGUGAUCGUCACAGGCGCUGAGGGAUACACCCAGUUCAUGGUGUAGUGAAGGAGCAGGAUAUGCCAGUGUGUUGCGACUCAUUGUGGCUUUUAAGUUUCUAUUCCUUUUUUUAUUCUUGGACUUUUCAACUGUCCGAAUGGAUAUUAUUGUCAUCUAUGCUGAAGAACGAAUGCAGUUUCUGUUGUGUAGAGACGGCAGCCUCGAGUUACUCAAGAUAAUAUGCAAUAUUUUAUCCACCUCAUUUACAAGAUGGUCAGGGUUUACGAUCAUAUGGGCAGAUACAAGAGGAUCGUUUGAACAUUUUUAGGCUAUGGUGCACCACCACCGUGCCUUGGAGUGACUUCAGGUGUACCUCAAGGUUUUGUUUUAGUGUAAGGGACAUAAAUGUUAAAAAUGAUAUUUUAAAUAAGCUUAUUGUCUUCAGAGAAGAGCAGGCUGUUACUCAGCAGCUCUGUUUUUGCCAUAAGAAGCUCUGUAGAAAAGAUUUUUAAUGUGGAUGUAAUGUUGGAAAAAUUGAUGUGGAGUGAACCAGUUAUUAACAUCAACUAGGAAUAUGUAACCGUAGUUAUGAUUAAAGAAAUGACGCACAAAACCUCCACAAUCUUAAUAUGACACAGAAGAACAAGGUCAAUUGAAUCAUUUUUAGACAAAUCCCCGUGUACAGAAUAAAUAAUGCAUAUUAAUUUAGUAAAAGUAGUUGAGUAAAUGUAUUUUCAUUUUGAACUUUUAUCAUCUUGAUUUCAUUUCAUGUAUCAUUACUGUGGCAUUCUCAGGUCUUAACUGUGUGCAUGGAUGUGCAUGCGUGUGUCAUAUGAUCAUGUGUGAUUUUAAAACACAUGCUAAGAAGUGCCUGUUUUGUGUGCAUACUCUUUUUAACCACGAGCUUCUGAUGUAGCUCCAAGGUGCUAUUCUUACAUGGUGAGUGACACUAAUGAUCCAGGCCACACCAUCACACAAAAGAUUUCAGUUUGGGUGUGAUUAUGCACUCAACAUGGUUAUAAUAAGUCUCCUGUGAUUGGUUUACAGUUGUGUCACCACAGGCUCAGAAAUGAAGCUCUGUUUAAACAGUGUCAGACUUGUUAUGUUCCAGAAUUAUGAGUUAGUCAAAUGAGCACGAGGAAUAAGGACUGUUGCUAAGGCAUUAUAUUGUGGUAUUUGUACAUUUUGUUUCUAAGUUGUAGUUAGUUUUAAAAUAGUGAGGACAGUUAAAACCCAUUGUCGACACAAAACUCCCAUUUGUGCCUAUUUUUUAAACCAUAUUUUGUGUGACAGUAUUUUGACAUGCGUAUUAUCUAUAUUUGUAAGAGCGACGUGUAUCUAUAUACAAUGCCAAACUGUCUGUGGGGAGAAAACACACCAAUGUGGAAACAUGGUCCAGAGUGGUUUUGUUAGAAAUAGCCUCUGUAGGAUGAAGUUGUGUUUUGAGAUGUCAGGCAGGAAGAAUCUAUGGUACAGGCACUCACUGAAGAUGCCUUGAGUCAUGAAAACUGACUGAUUAUUGUGCUGCUUUGGUCCACUAGCUUUCAUCGCAUUGCUUUUAUUACCACUAAUUCAAUGUUUAAGUUCAACGGACUAUUCCACAUUGAUCAUUAAAGCUGCUUUUAUACUCUCUGUCAUACUCCAUCGAAAUUCAGUCCACUAAUCAGUGCAUUUAUCACCUUGUCGCUCAGCAUCGCUUUUGUUUAUUGACCAAAGUACAUGUUUCUGUGGUAUAAUGUAUAUGUGCUUUUUUGCUUUGGCUUUUCUUUGUUCAGUACAAUGAGAUCAAAAUGGCGUCUGUUUUUUCAUGACAAGCACAUGGUUGUUUUCCAACUAAAAGAGGCUGUUUCAGUGGAAGCUGUCAUGAGCUUAAAUUUUCCUGUGUUUUUAUAAAUAUUUUUUAUGUUGAUCCUACUGUAUUUAUGCCUUUACCAAUGCAUGUAUCUUAAUUUUGUAUUUCCAUAUGAAUAAUAAAAAAAUAUAUAUUUUA